AAGUCAUUCCAAGAUGGAGGAUCUAAAGCAUCGGAAAUCACAAAUAAACUCGUAUUUAUGAUAGCAAAGGACAAUAUGCCUUUGUCUACAGUGGAGAAAGAAGGCUUUCAGAUUUUUAUAAAAUGUGUGAGUCCCUUAUACACCAUUCCAAGUAGAAAAGUGAUAACGUCUCUAAUUGAAGAAAAAUAUGUUUAUUUAUCAAAUUUGAUAAAAGAGCAAUUAUCUAAUGUAGAGGACAUAGCGCUUACGACAGACAUUUGGACUGAUGUAAAUACAAAAAGUUACCUCGGAGUAACCGCACACUAUCACAUAAAUAAUAAUAAAAAAACUGUUAUGAUAGGAGUCACUAAAUUAAAUGAUAGGCACACAUCUGAUAAUAUAAAAGAGUGGUUGCUCGAUAUAGUUGAGAAAUGGAGUAUUUCAUUGCAACGUAUAGUUGUUGUUGUUUCUGAUAAUGCGUCCAACAUAAAAAAAGCUAUAAUAGAAGGUUUUGGUGAAGAAAAAUAUUUAGCUUGUUAUGCGCAUACAUUGAAUUUGGUUCUUGCUAAAAUUAUAGAAGAAGAUGAAAUUGUAAGUUCAUUAUGUAAAAAAGUCAAAUCUAUUGUAACUUUCUUUAAAAAAAGUGUAGUUCUUUCAGAUUUAUUGCGAGAACAUUCCAAUCUAACAUUAAUUCAAAGCGUUGACACGCGGUGGAAUUCCACGUUUGAUAUGCUUCAUCGAUUCAUCCAAUUAUCCGACAAAAUUGGAUUGAUUCUUUUACAACAUCCUACAGCUCCACCAAUGUUAUCGGCAUUAGAAUUGCAAACUAUAAAAGAAUUUAUGCAAUUGUUGGAACCAUUUAAAACAGCAACAACUAUAUUUUAUGGUGAAAUGUAUGUUACUGGCAGUCAAGUUAUACCGAUAAUACACACAUUAGCAAAUCAGUUAGAAUCAUGCAAACCUAUUAGUGAAGUAGGUGUUAUAUAA